AAGCCUAGUUCGUUUCUCUCAAACAGACAGACACAAUCGAGAAAUGGCAACGAUCGCCAACACUUUCCGUGCCGUCUGCUUACUUUUCUAUUUACAGUUUUUGCUGACGGCCGUUAAUUACGUUCACACAGCGUUUAGUUUCCCGAGAAGAAGCGUGCACUUAUCGAUACCCUCGGAUUUUCCGAUCGACGUACCCAUUUGGAAAGUGGUGGCGGUGGCCGAAGAUUCAGACGAAAGAUCUCCCCUCUAUCGACUCCGUCACGUGACUUGCCAUUCCAGAUGCCAAAACAAGCAACAAGAAUCCAAUAUAUUCGGAAUAGAAAAAAAUUCCGGAAUCAUUUGGCUGCGAACGCCCCUGGAUCGUCUCUUGAAUGAAUCCGAUUUCCAUAGUCGCACGUACGUGUUGGAGGUGUGGGCGGACGAUUCGGGAAGAGAAUCUACAACGGUGAGCAUCGAUACGGGUGUGGAUAACCUUUCGUUUUGCCGUCCGUCGUCUUCUCUGUGUUUCCCUUCGUCCUACGUCACGUAUUACGUCAAAGAAUCGAUAGGAGCGCGUCUGCUGAUGGACAGCCUUCGACCGUUGGCUACUUCUAACCUCUGCUCCCAUUCGCGAGUCACCUAUACCAUCGAAGACAACGACUUUGUAAAGGUCCACCCCAAUUCGGGUCAUUUAGUAUUAAAAAAAUCUCCCGACGCAGAGAAGAAGGAAGAAAGAUCGUUCGUGGUUCGAUGCUCCGUUUAUCAUUCCGACACCAGAGAAGGGCAGUUCGUUCUGAGGGGCGAAUUGCAGGUGGAAGACGUAGACGACAAUCCUCCCUACUUACAAGUCGGGUCCGAAUCCGUUUUCUACGUCAACAUCACUAAUAUAUAUCCGGGUCGACCUCUACCCAUUCAAUUUAGCGUGUUGGACGACGAUUCGGCAUUGGCCAACGACAUUCAAGUUCGAGUAGAAAAUGACAUUUUGCACCUGUUCGCGGUACAAGACACGGGAUUCUUCGAAGACGUUUACAACGGUUCUCUGUUUCACGCGGAAGUGGCCGCCAGAGAAUCGGAUUUCUGGUUCCCCGGCGGUUGGUACAAUUUUACCGUCGUCUUCGAAGAUACCGGAUUACCCAACGGAACCGAUAAUAAGGUUGUGUUCCACGUCCACGUCAGGAAUCGAACGGCAAAUCUCGGAGAGAAAAUCCAGCCUAAAAAAGUCUACUCCGCUUCUAUAAGUCGUCACGCCGCUUUGCAUUCCAGAGUCUUUCAGCCCAUUCAGGUUUUAGAAAAGGAGGAGUUUAGGUUCGAUCUAGAAAUGAGGAAUUCGUCCGAGAGUAUUUUGAGCGUGACUCCCAAGACGGGCAUCGUGUACGUGUCCAACAGAAAGACCCUGUCGAUCACUCGAAAGAGGAGUCUUCACGCCGUCCUCCGGUGGAGUUCGUCAAUUGCGCAAGGGGGAGAAUGCCUAAUCGUGGUGAACGUCACGGACAAUGCGCAGAACUCCAGAAUGUGCGCCGCCUCUUCGUGCUCCAUCUUGGCGGAGAAGAAGGAAUGCUCCGACGGUUGCGGCAGGGGCGCCAUUUUCGGACGAUGCCAAUGGCGAUCGCAGAACAGACGCGUCGCCGUGCCCACCUCCCGCUACGCCACCUGCAGUCCAGAUCUGAAGAGCUGUCCCGACGGAAACUGCGACGAGUUGGAGACCUUAGACAGAAAGAUCUGCCCUCAAGAUUGCGCCAAAAUCAUAAACGGCGAAGGAACUUUCAAUUCGAAUUCGGGAAAGGGCAUCCUGAUCGCCGUGGGACCGUGCACCUGCCCCGAUCCCUUUCGAUGCACCUGCACCAAUCACCGCGCGUCUAACAACGACAGCUCGAAAACGGAAGCUGCCACCGAAGGGAUGUACUUUUCCAACGAAAAUAGAUUCGGUCUGAGAGAAUCUCGGGAAUUCAUUCGUUUCGGAGACAGAGUAACGCUGACCAGCACCACCGCCUGCGGACAGGGAUGCGUGGCCUUCGUAUUUUUGGGUGUCUCGUGCAGUCUGAUAUGCUUGACGGUCGUGGCCUGCCUCUACCGGGUCAGAAAGUACAAAAAUCAGCAGACGAAGCAGAUGUACUUCGGCAGUAGAAUGUCCAUUUCGUUGCAACCCUCCGAAGUGGUGGGCGAAGAACGGUCCUCGUCCGUCGUCGACUUCCAGACCGUGGGCGAAGGUUCCUGCAACAAAGGAAUGUUCGAUGCCAAGUGGGAGUUUCCCCGAGAAAAUCUCAAAUUCGGCGAAGUUCUGGGAGAAGGAGAGUUUGGCAAAGUGAUGCGCGCUCGCGCUUGGGGCAUCGACGGAAGUCAGAAAUACAAGACCGUCGCAGUCAAGAUGCUGAAAGGAAACAGUUCGACCGCCGAAUAUCAGGAUCUUUUAUCGGAAUUCCAACUGCUUCGAGACAUCGUGCAUCCCAAUGUUAUUCGAUUGUUGGGAGCUUGCACUCAGAAAGGUGGGCCAUUAUACGUCAUAGUAGAAUACGCCGAACUGGGAUCGUUGAGAAGUUACCUGAGAUACUGUCGUCGGGUGGACUACGGCUCCUCUUCGCCCGCCAAUCCCUGUUACGAUUCGGGUUACGGCCCCGCCGGCGUGGAAGGAAGUCCGGCCCAUCCCAAUCACGUGACUCAACGAGACUCGUUGUCGUUUUGUUGGCAAAUCGCCAAAGGAAUGGCUUACUUGAGCGACAUGAAACUGGUGCAUCGUGAUUUGGCGGCGCGAAACAUUCUGCUGGCUGCGGGUAAAAUCAUCAAAAUAUCGGAUUUCGGUCUGAGUAGAGACGUGUACGAAGGCGAUACUUAUCUGAAGAAGAGCAAAGGUCCGGUUCCGGUGAAGUGGAUGGCCAUCGAGUCUCUAGAAGAUCACAUUUACACUACGAGGAGCGACGUGUGGGCAUUCGGUGUGGUGCUGUGGGAAAUCGUUACUCUAGGAGCAUCUCCUUAUCCGGGUAUCCUUCCCGAACGUCUCUUCCAUUUGUUGAAAGUCGGAUAUCGAAUGGAGAAACCCAAAUCUUGUUCCAACGAAUUAUACAGGAUAAUGAGAUCUUGUUGGAGAGAGAGUCCGCAUCAGAGACCGUCUUUUAAAGAUUUAGUUCAAAAAUUCGAUCGAAUGUUGCAGGACACCGCGUCUUACGUGGAUUUUACUCAGGAACCAUCGGCCGUAUUUUCUUACUCUUCUCGCUCCAGCUAUAGAGACGAAGAAAAAGAGGAGACGUACGGAGAAAUCAAGCUUCGUCAGUAUCCGAGUCCGAAGAGAGGAGAAGAACUAAAUUAUACAAACUGCAUCUUCAGUUUUAACGGAAGCGACGAAAGCAGAGAUUUCGUGGAAGCCGUGAUAUGAAUUUUUUACGAAUUCCCAACGAAGAAUCUUUUCGAGAUUAACUUUUUAAGACGAAAAUCCCCGGAGGAUCCGACGGGUAUCGAAUUCAAGUUUCAAAUAUUUUUAUCGAUUUUAUAACUUCUAUUUAUAUUUUUGUAUCUGUUCAUUUUUUACGACCAAUAUUAUCUUUUAAAAAAAUUCGUAUUUUCGUUUUCUUCUACGAAUUUUCCUCCCGAGAGAAUGGUCCAAGCCAAAAAUUUCGAAAAAUUUA